AUGCGGGAUGAAAGGAUCAGCACAUCAUCGCAAUUGUUAACACCACUGAUAGAUUUCGGGGAACCAGAAGAAAAACGAACUCGACGUAAGCCAAAUUUCACAGUGCAAGAGAGGAUGCAUCUUGCACAAUCGUAUGUGGAAAGCUACGAAGAGUACAACCGGGGUUUCACGCCUACAACUAAAGGAGAAGCUAAAAUUGGACGUCAACGUUUGCUUGAACGAUGGGCUGCCGAGCUAUCCAGUUUUGGUAUCGUUGAGCGGACGCCAGUUGAAGUUGAACAGAAGAUAAGAGAUUAUAUGAAAAAGAUAGCAGCGAACCGAAAACGGACAGUGAAAAGGGCUAUGAGUCCUCCAUGUCAAUUGAUAAGUUCCGUUGUUUCGGAAAGUUCUACAGUAGACGAUUCAACAGCAGAUGAUUCAUUGACCGCAUAUGCUGGUUUUUUGCUAGAACAACACAGAGCAACUCAGAACGAUUGCAAUGAGAAUUUUGAACCAUUAGAACUUGUAAACAGUAGCUACGAUGUCGAGGAAGCUAAACCAAGAAUAAAUAACACUUCACUUUUCUGUCUUGAAUUAGCGAACAAUAUGCGAAAUAGCUGUCGCAAAAGGAAAAUAUGCGAUAUGAGUUCUUUUCCUAAUGAAAAGGAGCAACCGCUGGAAAUACUGGAAAGCAGUGAUGAAGUUGUUCCUCCUUCAUCAGAGAUGCGUAAACAACAGAUGGAUUUUGGUCCCAUUGAUUUGGCACUGAAAACUGUAUACAUAGAAAUCGCCAGGAAAGAACUUGAGAAGAAGACACUUGAAGUGGAAGCAAUGAAGGUUAAUUUGGAAAUCAGAAGACUUGAAUUGGAGGAGAAGAAGCAUGAUGUGGAAAAAAAGCGCCUUGAAUUGCAGAAACUACAAAAAGACAUUAUUAGGGACCCACUAACCAGUUCAAGAGAAAGUAGUGGAACUCCUGGAGGUACACCUGUCACUGAUCAAUUUGAUCCUGAAAUUGAAUAG